UUUCACUUGCAAUUUUGGAAUUGAACAAGUCCAGUUCGGAAGACUUUCAAACAUUAAGAAAUAUCUUCAGAAGCAGGGAACAAGAAGUGACAAAAAAUAUGACUUCUGUCGUCAGUAACCUUAAACUAAAUGAUAGAUACUUAUCGCUUUCCCUGUUGGAUGUUCAAAACAAUAUCUCAGCGCUAGGAUCAUUGCUCCAACAACAACAGAAGACACAAGCAGAACAGCAUAAACUAACGCAAGCGAGAAUACAAAAUCUCACUUUUUCAUUUAACAACAGCACAGCAAUAACGCAGGCAGGAAUACAAAAUCUCACUUUUUCAUUUAACAGCAGUACGACAGAACUACGUUCUUCUCUUUCCGAUCUCCAAACACGUAUUGAGACAACCGUUGCUUUUACAGCGGGAGUUGGAGAUGGUGAUAAUAGAGUAUUUUCUUCUGGACAAACUGUUAUAUUCAGACAGAUUAUCUACCAAGUGGGAGGUGGAUAUAACCCUCUAACAGGAAUAUUUACCGCCCCAAAGGCUGGGCUGUAUGUUCUAUUUUGUACCAGUGUGGCAUUUCACGACGAAAUUUUCUGGACAAAAAUAAUGAUUAAUGGUUCAGUUAAGGCAGGCGUCAUGGCUUAUCAUCCAUCUUCAAAUAUGUAUGUCUACCAGUCAGCCUCCAACCUUGUUGUCCAGCAGUUACAGGUGGGGGACCGAGUCUGGAUACAAGUAUAUCAAGGUAGUCAUCUGUACUCAGAAUUUCCAGAUACAACAUUCUCUGUCAUUAUGAUCAAUGGAUCAUUCUAAUAUCGUAACUA